AGUUGUACUUUGGCGGGUGAGUCGUUAGCUACGUAGUGGCAUUAUAAGACUAAACUUGAUUGAAUCAUUGUCAGUUCUUAAUUGAAAAGAGAUGUGGAACAAUUUUAUAGUGCUAACAGUUUUGUUCUAUACGCUGCGGUUCAUUGAUGGUAAAACACAAUUUGAACUCAACUUUGAACGUUCCACAAACAGAAUCGUUAUAACUGAUUACUACUACAAACUUGAAUACUCCGUGAUUCGAGAUGAUCGAGAAAUUCAAUCAGUAACUUUAGGAACGGGACCGGGUGGAUUUGUGAAAGCAACGAAAUCGCCACACGGUUUAAUUCUAUCAGGACGUGGUGAUGAGAUCGAAAUGUCGAUUGAGGUUGACGAGUCAGGUUAUUCGCAAUUUAGCGUGACACGACGCAAUAUAAGGCAACUAUUCAUUUCAAACUUAGAUGGUAUCAAAAGAUUGAUUUUAUUUCAUCAUAGAACAUCAACGGAAGAUUGUGUUGAUCUUGGAAAUGCAACGAAGGUUAACUGGUUCGGUGGAAAUCAACAACGUCAUCAAUAUUAUCCAAUUCAGAACAUGACUCACAAACAUAACUCUUAUGUGACAAAAGCUGUUCAGAAUCAAGCUAUAGCUGAACGUUAUUGGCUUAACUCAAAUGGCAUUUUCAUUCGCGUUGACAACGAUGCACCGCUUUUUAUUGAUCAACAUAACGAGAAUGAAGGUUUCAUGUGUUUACAAGCAAAGCGUGCUUUACCCUAUGAUAUUUAUCACCGAUCGUUUGAUUUUAAAUAUCAUGUUGGAAUUGGAUUAAACGCUCGUGACGCUCACAUGCAAGCAGUGAAAAGGUUUCUAGGAAAACCUUCGGGACAUCCAGAUGAGAAAAUGGUCGAACAACCGAUUUGGUCAACAUGGGCACGAUACAAACGCGAUGUUAAUGAAGGUGUCGUGAUGGAGUUUGCACAAGAGAUUAUAAAUAAUGGAUUUACUGGGCAACUCGAAUUGGAUGAUGAUUGGGAAAUUUGUUAUGGCUCAUUGACAUUCAAUAAACAAAAAUUUCCAGACAUAAAAGAUUUAACUGAUAAACUUCACACGAUUGGAUUUAAUCGCAUUACACUGUGGAUUCAUCCAUUUGUUAAUAAAAAUUGUGAGCCUUACUACACGAACGCUAAACGCAAAGGACAUUUUCUUACUAACCGACAGAACAGUACUGACACUUCUUGGUGGAAUAGUGAGAAGAAUGAAGCAGCUUAUUUGGAUUUCACAAAGACUGAAGUUUCUAAAUGGUUUCAUCAACAUCUUACACAACUUUUAGCCAGUUCUGGUGUUGAUAGUUACAAGUUUGAUGCUGGUGAAUCUUCCUGGGGCCCAGUUGAUUUUAUUCUUAAUGCAACUAGCAAUGAAUAUCCAAUGAAACUCACUUCUGACUAUGUUCGUUCAGUAUCUCGCUUUGGAUCACUCGUCGAAAUCAGAUCAGGUUCUGCAACACAAGAUUUGCCUGUUUUUGUUCGAAUGAUAGACAAAGACACCGAAUGGAGUUUGGAUAAUGGACUUCCAACAUUAAUUACAACAUUGCUUGAGCUUAACAUGGUUGGAUAUCCUUUGGUGCUACCAGAUAUGAUUGGAGGGAAUGGCUAUAAUGUUGAACCAGACAAGGAAAUGUUCUUAAGAUGGCUUCAGGCCAACACUUUUAUGCCAAGCCUCCAAUUCUCUUACGUUCCAUGGCAGUAUGAUCAAGAAGCAAUCGACAUUUCUCAUACAUUCGUUAACUUGCAUGCUCAAUACACGCCUUACAUCAUGGAGCGUUUCAAACAAGCGGUAAUGACUGGUGAACCAGUGAAUCCUCCAAUUUGGUGGAUUGCACCAAAAGAUCCAAUCGCACAGGAAGUCAAUGAUGAAUUUUUACUUGGUGAAUUGAUUCUUGCAGCUCCGGUUGUUACUCAAGAUGCAGUAAAACGUGACGUGUAUUUGCCAGCUGGUAUAUGGGAAGAUGGAAAUACUGGAGAAGUUCACAACACCGAAUCAGGAAAAUGGAUUCGCGAUUAUCCAGCACCGUUGAAUAUUUUACCUUACUUCAUUAAAAAGUGAAAUAAUUUUGCUUCCUUUUGAGUAAAGAGUUUGCUGUUAUGUUCAUUAAUUUUUCAAUAAAGUGAAUAUUGAAUCUUAUGAAAAGCUUCUUUCAAAGUAGAAUUGCUUGAGCGCUUGUUCAGAAAGCGUUAGUUUCGUUGGAUGAAUACACAAAAAUUUUAAAGCGAAACUAACUGAAUAACUUGAGAGUGAAUGUUAAAAUUGAAAAAUGAAAUCAAUGGACUAACUUUAGC